UCUGAGGGGGUCCACCCCCACCGCCCCACUUCCUGUUUGAGUCUCGACAGUCACGUGACCGACCGGAGGCUCCACCCACCGCCCGUCCGCCGCACAUUCUACUGCUUCGACGUCCACCAUGUUGUGCUGACAUCACCAAACCCCGUCCCUCCUCCCUCCCUCUCUCUCUCCUUCAAAAUGGACCAUACCGAUUGGCUGUCGUCAUGGCGGCGGCCGCUGGUGCUGCUCGUGCUCAUGUCCUGUUUCUUGAGGGCGUCGGCCUCAAACCCGACCACGCCCUUCCCCAAAGAUCUGGAGCCAAUCAGCACGGUCACCUGGGAGCAGUCCUACCAGUACCCGGGCUUCCAGGGCUUACUCCAGGACAACGACACCCUCAGACUGGGCCUGGACUUCCAGAGGAUGUUACGAAUCAACCACAUGCUGUACAUCGCCGCCAGGGAUCACGUUUUCGCUGUGAAUCUGACGACGGCUGUGGACGACUUCGUGCCUCGGCUGAACCUGACGUGGAGAUCCAAGGACGUCAGUAAAUGUACGGUUCGAGGCAAGAACAGCGACGAGUGCUACAACUACGUCAAAGUGUUGGUUCCUCGAAACGACGAAACGUUGUUUGCUUGCGGAACGAACGCCUUCAACCCGACCUGCAGAAACUACAAGAUGACCACGCUGGAACAGGUCGGGGAGGAGGUGGUGGGUCAGGCCCGGUGUCCCUUUGAGUCCGGUCAGUCCAACGUUGGCCUGUUUGCCGGAGGAGACUUCUACUCCGCCACCAUGACCGACUUCUUGGCCAGCGACGCCGUCAUCUACAGGAGUCUGGGCGAAGGUCGGCCCGUUCUGAGGACCGUCAAAUACGACUCCAAGUGGCUCCGAGAACCUCACUUCCUUCACGCCAUCGAUUAUGGAAACUACGUCUACUUCUUCCUCAGUGAGAUCGCGGUGGAGUACACGGCUCUGGGAAAGGUGGUGUUUUCUCGAGUGGCUCGGGUCUGUAAGAACGAUAACGGCGGUUCUCCUCGAGUCCUGGACAGAUACUGGACCUCCUUCCUAAAGGCUCGGUUAAACUGUUCAGUUCCUGGAGACUCCUUCUUCUACUUUGACGUCCUCCAGUCUCUCACUAACGUCCUGCAGAUCAACCAGAGGCCGGCGGUGGUGGGCGUGUUCACCACACAGGCCAACAGUAUUCCCGGGUCGGCCGUUUGUGCGUUUUACAUGGACGACAUCGAAAAAGUCUUUAACGGGAAGUUUAAGGAGCAGCGGACCAGCGACUCGUCCUGGACUCCGGUUCCAGACGAGCAGGUUCCCAGACCCAGGUGA